UCCUCAAUGGCUGCCAUAGUGGGUUAGUGAUGCGAAGUGAAUGCCAACUAUUUGAUCUAUGUCACAGGUUUAUCUGCAACAGGACAGUUUAUAAAUGCCUCCAGGAAAUGUCGAACGUUUGCCGUUGUUUUGAACUGUCUUAGGACUCAAAGCUCAAGCUUCGUAUUCGGUAAAACCGAGCUGUUCUUUCGAGAAUAAUGUGACCUGUCGCUGUGCAUCGACAUGGUUCACAAAAAUGCUUAUGGAACGACUAAUCCGGACGAUUCCGUCGUCCCUGAACUAGACUCUUUUGACACUUCGCUGAAAUCGGAUACGGCUCAACAGAUCAUUCAACAAUGGAUUGAGGUAUGGUGAAGAGACAGUUGGUGUCAGCUUUCGUAGUCUUUUGGAGUGUGUAUGCCUUUCGGCACAGAAGUGGUUGUCGCUUGAAAUUUGCCGCUUAAAAUCGACUAAUAACGUGUUUAUUUUUGUCCAGGAGGCGACUGGAAGAGUUUUUAACUCGUCCCGAUUUAUAGAAUCCUUGCAAGACGGCGUUCUUUUAUGCUAGUAAGUUAUUAACGAUCGUUUUCGAUAGCUUUGCUUUGUUGAAAGGAUUAGAACUCGGUAGCACAUACCAUACUCAUCGAUUCUCUGUAUUUGUAGCCUUGUAAAGCGAAUACAGCCAGAUUCGGAGAUUAUUCAGGAUGUUAUCGAAGCUCCAAAUCCUCAGGAAUCUCAGGUAUUGAAAAGCACUGUAAUGUCUCCCUAGAAAUAAUCUUUAUUUCCUCAAACACGAAUAAGUCCACUUCGAUGCCACGUUCCAUAUUCUUCGUAUUUGGUAUUUGUUAUUUUUAAACGCUUGCAUGCGUCUAGUGAAAGAGUUUUGCGGUUUCUUGUUGCUUUGGCACACAAUGUGUGAGUUCUAAUGAAAUGUUUAGUAAAGUAAAAAAUAACGAUGGAAUUGUUGAUAGCCCAGGGUGCUGCACCACGCAGUAUUCUUGUUUUUUCGAGUUAUCGCGUAUAUCGUGUGGCAAGUUGCUUGUCACGUUCAAUCUACGAACUUCGCCUUUACAAGUUAAUCGUGAUUUCUACGCUAGAAAUUUUACCCCAUCUAGAUCAGAGCAAAUGUCACAGUGAUCGUGGCUUUAUCAGCAACGAUGUUUAAUUUUAAAUUAUAAAAUGGUUUUGUCCCCCUAGCUAAUAAUGUGUGAUUUUAGUCGAUGUGACCGGAAACCAGUUUACAUCUCACGGGAAGCGCCAUUAUGAUGAUCGUUUAGUCAUCAUGCAAAAAAAGAAUGGCCAGUCGCUAUUUGUUUCAAAACACAACAUUUCCUUUGUCGCUUUCUUUAAGACGAGUGCUACAAAGAACGUUCGAUCGCACGUUUAUUGAUCAUUUUACUGGCUUCAAAGGUACAACGUACAUUGACGCGAAUAAUCUCGGGCGUUUUGAUUUGAUUUCGUUGACAGAAAACCCGAUGUUCCAAAACCAUGAUUUUAUUAAAUUAACCCGUGUUUUAGUUAACUUAGCAGUUGUUGAAUAGGGUCGUGUUUGUCAAACUGGAGCUUUUUGUAUCCCCACAAUCGCUCCUUUUUAUUAAAGCUUUGUUGUGGCAGUCUGCUUGUUUUCUGUUGAACUUUUCCCUCAUAGAUCACCCAGACUAAACUGCAUGAUAUUGAUAUCACUUCAUGGUCCAAAUUACUGAAUUUCGUGACUGGCCGCUACAUAAUCGGCCUAAUCCUUAAUAUGUUUUUGUCUCCUAGUAAAGAUAUGCUUAACGGCAUAUUUCAGCACGAAAUGUUCCGAGGUUCCAUUUUGGCUUAAAUAGUUCAUCAAUUUUUCGAACAUUUGUCAUUGAUUUCAAUUGUCGUUCGCAAGUAGCGAUCUUUACAUUUGAUAAUCUGUUGAACUGUUGAAGUGUUGUUAUUAUUAAAGCCUAAGUUAAUUUGCUAAUUUUAUUAUAAAAUUAUGUUAUUAACUGAGUAGCAAAUUUCAAUCACAUAGCAUGUCUUCAAAACCUAAUUCAUUCCUUGAACACAAUGAAGUUGUUUAAAUUAAUGUGUUAUUACACUUUGUAAUCUGGCAAAAAUAAAUCCUUUAAUUUCUCUCGAACUUUGUGAACAAUAUAAUUUUGAACACUUUUCUGUAUAAUUUAUAGAGGAUAGGUAUGUUACUAUCCUGCAUUCUCAAUAGAUUUCCAUUUAAUCGCUGUAUAAUUAAAAGAGGUGAAAAUACUGUAAUGUUUGAAUGUAUAAUUGGUGGUUGUAAAUUUCAAUCAUUCACCUUACAAAGGCCGUUAUCGUGUUUUUAAUCACACGUUUUCUUUAAUCCUUUUUACCAUCACCCAAUAGACCACUUAAUGAUAAUUUUUUUUUUAUGUUAUUAACUAUCACUUUUUGAGCUAAACCUUUUUAUUUGAGAUGCAUCAUUGCAAAGUGAUCUUUGUUAUUUUUAUAUGGCAAGUGCAUGGUGAUCCAUAUAUUUUUAUUCAUUUUUGUUGACACCAUUUCUUAAGUUUUCACUUUUUUUAUACACCCCUGUUACUUUUCAAAUUUCAAGAUGUGCUUAAUGAGCAAAAAAAAAGUGAGUGUGGUAUAUCUAAUAAAAUAAUCAUUGCCUCUGAUCCUAAUCUUUUUCACAAUUCCAUUAAUUGUAUAUAAUGAAUUGAGAAAUAAAAUCCCAAUGGCCUAAGUGGUAAUGUGAAAUCUUCAUCCUCACAUGCUGCUUAAGGGAUCUUUUACUAGGAUUACACUGGUAAAUAAACUUUCAAGAAUUCAUGUAGGCAUUGUUACAUAUGAUAUCCUAACUCUGUGUAGCUCUAGCUAGUUCCUGUUUCAACUACCCAGAAAUACAGCAAACCUUUGUUUAACUAAGCUGUGUAUCAAACUGUGGCCAUUCUUGGUGGCUCACUUCCUGAAAGACACUAAAUUAGAUCUAUAAACUUUAAAGAGGAUGUUUAUUUUCCUGUAUAUAGAUGCACCUUUGACAUGUCUGUCUGUAAAGUUAUUAACAGUUUAUGUCAACUUUCAAUUUGAUUUACACAGAAGAUUCCCUCUAUGCUCUGAAUUGACUUAAUCUCAAAUGAGCUAAUUUGUUAAUUCAGGCAAUGUAAUUCAGUAAUAAUUUGUUGUAAAAUAGAAAAAAGCAACAAGGAUGUUACUUACAGGUUUCAACCUCCUGUUAUUAGCAGCCACCCAAAAUGUGAAUUGAUUAAAUGUGGACUCUUAUGAGAGGCGGCUACUUAUUGCUUGACCUAUACACUACGUUUUGGAAGAAAAUUUGUUUAAUGCAUGUAAUUUCCAAUGUAGUUUCAAUGUAGUAUACUCUAAGUAGUAUAGUCAGGGCUCAAAAUUAAAAAAAUCCUCUGGUUGCCCUUUGGUGACCAACUGGAGAAAUAUGGUUGCCAGUUUGUAUAAUGUAAAUGAUGCAGCUCAUAGUAUCAGGGCUUCUGAUAUUCAGCAUGGUCACAGGGCUGCAAAAUUCACGUAAACCCGCAAAAUUCACAAAAACAUGCGAAACACUGCAAAAUUUGCUAGAAAUCUUAUCAAAUACAUGUUGAUACAUCAUAUUUGAAACUUAUCUUGGCCAUCGGGGCUGUUUAAUUGCUGUAAACGUGCAAAUUUAUCUUGAAACUUCAUCACCACAAUGAGCAAACAACUUCCCAAAACUACCAGGCGUAAAUUAUGUUGCAAAAACCUGGACACUAGUCAUGAUGUUAAAAGCUUUGCCAUAGGCUCAUUUCUCGAGUGCUUUGUUGUUAUAAUAGCAAAUGAUUGUCUCUGUUAAAAAGUUUAAACACUCCCGUCAAAUCAUCGCAAAAUCAAUUGAUUUGUAGCGAAAUUUGCCCGGAAAAUUCCCAUGAAAUCGGCCAUUUUUUUCUGACUGUUUCUCAGCUAAGUUAGCCCCGAAAAUUUCCGCAAAUCUGUCUCUGAAAAUCCCGCGAAACUUGAAUUACAAGACCUAUCAGUUUUGAUUGUUUGAAAAUACCGCGGACAGAAGUAGGUAUAAAUUUGGAGUUAAACUUGCUUUGUUUAUGCAAUUUAGCAGAUUUUUUUUGAUGAAAGCAAAGCAAGAUAAGAUGAAAUGUUUGUUUUCUGGUCCUCAAAGUGGUGACUAAACCAGAAUUUUUAGUCGCCCAGGAGAAAAUGUUAGUCGCAUUGGCGAUGGUAUCAGUCGUAAUUUUGAGCCCUGGUAGUGCAUAGGUGCAACAUAGACAUAAAAGCUGUCUUUUGCGCGGAAGUUGUUGGUUUUUGUUUCAGAAUAAAGUGAUGUUUCUGCUGAAGAUCAGUAUGCUCAAUUACUGACAAUCCUUCAUUAAGAGGUCACUUGCCGUUACCCUAUGAAGGUUCAACAGUAGAUUUACUUAAGUCUAGUGGUCAUGAAGUCCGUCAAACUUUGCUUGUCAUGUUACAUCAAGCAGUUGCAUACAAAUUAUUAAACUGUCAGUGUAUAAAGCGAUUACGGUAACUUACAAGAUGUUCCAAGGUGUGACAUACCACUAUGGUCGCCAUGGCAAGUAGAAAAACAUUUUCGUAGCUAAAAUUGCACUGAAAGUUGCCAGUUUGGUCUCAACUAGUGUUUGAUCAUAAUGGGACAAUUAUUUGUGGUGCUUUGUUCCUGGGUGUUUAUGGUAUUUCUAAAGUUAAAGUGAGAUAAACAUUUGCGUGAAAUGUUGUGCUCUUUUUCUUUUUUAAUUCACCUUUUUACCCAGGCUGGCUGGUUAUUAAGCCUCAUGUGGCAUGUGCCUCCAAAUUUGAUGUUUGGUAGUCAGUUUGAUCAUCUCCUUACAUCCUCAUGUGUUUUUUUUUUCUGGUGACCUUGAUACAUUAUUUUAGAUUACUAAUAGGCCAUUUUGAAAAAAUUUCAACUUGGAGCACUGAAUGAGGAAUUUGACUGGGAAAACUUUGGUGUUUAGUAAGGAAUGGUUGCAGUUGAAGGUUAGACUGUAACCGUGAUUUUGGAGUAUCAAGAUUUUUGUUUUUUAAGAUUGUUUACACCAGUCCAGCCAGAUUAGUUUGGUUCCCUUGUAAAUGAGUGAACUUAUCGGACAUUCUCAUUUAAUGUGCCUCAUUUCUGCAUGCUAUAUUAAUACCAGUAUUUAUAUAUUUAUCAUGUGUUUAUUUUUUCUUUCUCUUUUGUUUUUCUUUCAGAUUAAUUUGAAGAAGUUCUUAGCUGUUUGUAGUGAACUUGGUCUUAGUGGGUGGCAGCUUUUCGAUCCAAACGAUUUAGAAGUUGGAGGUGAUGUUAUGUGAGUAUUCACAGUAUUAAACAGGAUUCUCGGUUUUCUCACGACAUCACCAAAAUGCAAACUAAGCAACUAUUGAUUCCUCUGAGUUUCUACUGUCGUGAAGUAUUACAGCACCUAAAAACUUUUAUUUACACGAAUUCUUGGUUCCAAAGGAUUCUUUGUUUUGCGAUAGAGGAUGCUUGAAUCUCUAGGCUUUUUCGUGACGUGGCAUUCAGCUGGUGGCAGGGAAAGCUCUUAUUUGGUUUCCAAAUGUUACUGAUUUUUUGAGAUUUUGCUAUCUAAACAGUCCUUGUCUUAGAAUAAAUAUUACUUUAAUCUUUAUGAGUUCCUCAAUUAAUAAAUUCACGUAUAAGUAGGAAAACUCAAAAACAAAUGUUUCUGUUGGUUUCCGGCGGCGAUAUUUGUGCCCCUCAAAGGGACACCAACAUGGCGUCUCAUACAAAGUCUUAUAAAUUUGGGUAAAGCAGUUUUCCGAAUAUCUCACGUGUGCAAUAUUGCACAGACCUGAUUCUUGGCGAGGCUUUUUGUGUAUUUAUCUUCCUUCAUUCCCCAGAUUCUGGACUUUCUUUAUUGACUGGUUUGCAUUUUUAUUUUUGAUGGCAUGACAGUGAAAACAGAGAAUUCCAUAACAAAUCAAUAUAUGUUAUGAUGUUGACAAAACAUGGAUCGGACCAACCUCUGUUACCCUAUACCUAUCUUUUUGUCAUUUAGCGAAUUACAGGGCUAGAUCGGAUCAAGGUAUUAUUGAUGCCUUAAUCAUUACUCACACAGGGCUGUCAUUGUCACAGUCACCUUCCCAGCUGUUUACUAAUUUUACUUUAAUGUUAUUUAUCUAUUUAUUAUACUUUUACUUCUACUUACUGUUAUUUAUUUUGUGUGGCAAAACAAUUAAAAAAUAAAUAAAAAUUAAAAAAUAAACGCUGGCAAGGAUUUGGGGGUUUUCCCAGCUACAGGGCUGUCACUAAGAUUUCACGUUGCUGGAUGUAUGUGUUACAGGUCAAAAUAAUACGCAGGUUAAAAUUUUUUAACCUGGUUUGAUUCUCACUUUCCUUUGUCUCGUAACCUUAAUUCACAAAUAAUUAGGGCUAGGUUACAAAGAAAAUAGAGAAUCAACCUAGGUUGAAAAAUUUGAACAGGUCUGAAUUUAAUUUUGACCUGUAACAUAUGCAAUUUAUUAGAAGGCAGGAAACUGAACAACUGGGAAGUUCCUUUGGUUCUAUUUUACGUCUUAAAUAGUUUUCCUGUGAAAGUUGCAAGGGAUCAGGCUAAUAUUAGCCAGGGGAAUUCCCAUGCCCACAGCACUUGGUGACAGCCCUGCAGUUAUUAAGAAUUUUUAGCCUUGAUCCUUUUUUAUGUCAACCAUUUAACAUGAGUGACCAGCAUCAUGCUUAACAUCAAAAAUGCUUUAUCAGACAUAAGAAAAAAGAUUCACUAAGUAAGAUUUGUUUUGAUAAAGUGUGUUUUAGUAAAGCAAAUUAUUGUUGUUAGUACAGUCAAACCUAGAUUAUCGGGACCUCGAUUAUCCGGACUAUUUCGUCUGAUCCCAAUGAGUCCAGAUUAUCUAGGAUCGACUGUACCAUUGAAAAAGUAUGGAAAACAGAUUUGAGAAACUUUUCAGGGUUUUAAGCCGUUUUAAGUAAAUAACUCAGUCAGUAUAUGGAAGUAAGUAAUCCCCAAAAGUCUACUAAUACAUGUAGUCCCACUCAGUAACAAGUAAUAACAAUUUUUUAAUCUUUGACACGAUUACCAAAUGAAGAUCAGACGUACAUGGCCAAGACGUCAUAGUGUCCACAAUGAGGAAAAAACAAACAGGCUUAGCAAACCACAAAUAAUAAUUUUUGUUCAUUACAAGAAAUCCACAGUUGUCUCACUAACAAUCAGUUCCUGCAAACUACAGUUAAACUAUAUUUAUGAUUUGAAAUGGUCAUUAGUACCCUGUUGGAUAUGCUUACAAGUAAAGGCAAAAAAUGUCUUUAAAAUAACUGUAUCUGGACUGUUCUGCAGUGUUUGGCUUGUUUGAAGACAUUCACACUUUUUUUAUUUUUUGUGUUUAGCAACUAUAAAUCAGAAGAUGAAGUAAUCCAAAAGGUAAGACCUUAAAUUUAUAUUUUAGAUAGAAUUUUACGAACAAGUUUAGGGGAAAUUUAGGGGAGCCUCAUAAACAGAAUUAUAAUAGUAAGAGUAGUUUUGAGUGAAGCUUGCAAAAUAUGGUAAUAUUUGGGGCUGUUGGUGAGAGAAACAGCCUACUUAUGUACUUUAUUUGUUAAACAGGUUGUGAGCACAUUGUACUGGCUUGGUUGUACUGUGCAAGGAAUGUCUUACUACAGGGGACCCAGGCUGAAUCUCAGUAACUUUCAAAGAGAAAGUGAUGGCACAAUUACUGUCAAGGUAUGUACUAAUAUGCACAGGAGGUAAUUUUAGAACCUCUUUGCAAUUCUAAUCUCCAGGUUGUUAUUGAUGCAUGCAUCGCAUGUAUGUAGCCAGCAUUCAUUUUGACUUCCACUAAGAAUCAUAAAUGGAAUGCACAGUACGUGAUUUGAUCACUCGUUUUUGGACCUUCUAUCACUCGUAAUCUGAUCGCACGUGUUUUGAUCAUCUAUUACGUGAUAUUUGUGCAAAGCACAGUGUUGGAACAAAAGCAUUUUGACCUUUAAUUGUUGUCGCCUGCACUCCAUAACCUUUGAUUAUUACUAGUAAGUAUCAAUUAAGAGUAAUUCUGACAAGAUAAUGAGACCAGCAGCAGCUUCAUUAACUCGUAUAAAUAUAAACAACAUACAGGAAAUAACUCACCUCUUUACACUUCACCAUUCCAUCCAGUUUACCAAAUUGUAAUUUGUAAUUUGUUUUACCCACGGAGCACUAAGGAGUUCUUAAGAACUCGUUGAAACGUGUCCGUGCAUUCCAGAUCGAAUUUGAAUUUGAAAGUGUUGGUUUUUUAAGAGAGGGGAAAACCAGAGCACCCGGAGAAAAACCUCUCGGAGCAAGGGAGAGAACCAACAACAAACUCAACCCACAUAUGGCGCCGACGCCAGGAUUCGAACCCGGGCCACAUUGGUGGGAGGCGAGUGCUCUCACCACUGCGCCACCCUUGCUCCACCAGCCAGCAGUCAGGGUGGGAUUUGAACUCAUUCCUCCAAAUUGCAUGUUUGAGCCAAUGGUCAGUGAAGGGGGUGAAUAGGGGUAUGCAAAUCCACCAAUCCGUUAUGAUUUAUUAACCAAAUCUGCCCUUCCAUUUUCACCCUGAAUCUACAAUCCGGGCAAAAAUAUUUGAAUUAGAUGCAAAGUCCAAAAUCCAGGCUCCAAAAAUAGAUGAAUCCGCAAACCACUGCAAUUGUAGGAUCUGGAAAUCCGUUAAAAUCUUGCUUUGAAUCUGAAAUACGGACAAAAAAUUUUCAAAAUCAGCCGAUCCGUUUGCCUAUUCACCCCCUCAUCAAUGCCCUAGCAGCUCAGUCUUAUCUGCUUCAGGCACUGGUUUACAUAAAAGCGGGAAUUAAAAUACAUUAUAUUAGGUAUUUAUCCAUCAGGCUCCCCAGAUGGUUGUUCAAAAUCCACCAGAUAAAUUGCUAUUCAAUGGAUAGGUAUUACGAAAACUAAUUGUGUUAUCCACUGGGUGGUGAUUUAUCCGGUGGAUAGUGCUAUCCAGCGUUCGGACAACCAAGGCCAGAUUUCGCAGUUUAUAAAUAUGAAAAAAAUAUAAUAAAACAGAUACGAAUGUGUGUAAAUCUGUGAUGAAAGAAUCACACUUAGUACAUGUACACUUGUAAGAAUUAAAGAAGCUAGGAAGCAGGCUUUUCAAUCAUUUUUUUAAAGAGUUUAUGAACUUUCAUGUACAUGUAGAAAAGGAACGCAUGAUAUGGCAGGUAGUCCUCGUUUUCAAAAAGUUUGGUAUUUAAGUGCCAUUUCCCAGACCUUUGGUUUGAAACUACAAAUUUUAAAAACAGGGCAGAACUCUGAAAAACUUUUAAUAACAGCAUAUUAUCCGAAAAUCUGUCAAUUAAAUAGGAUAAAGAUGAAAGAAUAACUGAAAGAUGCCAUAUACAGCAGCUGUGGUUGAAAAUCUUUCCUGGGUAAUUCAUUAUUUUGGUCUUGGCUUAAAACAUCAACAAUACAGCUGAAAAGGCACUCUUGAAAACUGCUAUUAAGGGCUAAUCAUUUCAUUAUGAGAUUAAUAUUAAUAAAGUUAGAUUUGAGAUCUACUUUUGGCAAUACUUAAUUGCCCACUUCUUUAAAUGUCACAUUUUGAGAUGUUCAGUGUAAUAGGCUUCUAUUUAUUGCCAAGAAAACUUUUUAAGAGAAAUUUUAAGUCAGACAGGAUCCAAUCAGAUCAAAUGAACCAGUCAUCCUGGUGCUAUGUGAAAAGAAAAACAUCAAUUACUGCGCCUUAAUACUGGUAGAUAAAACAGUCAUUUUCAAAUGCUACAUACAUGUACUGAAGUAAUUUUUCACCAUAUUGGUACUAAAAGUUUUGUUGGUGUUAAAUUUCUUGGAUAGCCACAUUCAAUAUUAGCAAAGGGCCUUUCAUUAUUUCAGUAUCUUUUUUGUUAUUUUGUUAAAUUUUUUUUCCUGUCUUGACUUGUGUGAUGUAUUUUUUUAAAUUCUUUGGAAUGUUUGAUCAAUAUUUACUCUUGUCAUUCAUUUUAGAGGUCACAGAAGUUAAAAUAACAUUUGUUGCUCUCUUGAUCCUGUUAUACAAUAUGCAAAUUACAAAAUGCCAUGGCUGUCUGCUACAAGUGCUUGUGAUGUUGGAUGCAGUGAUUUUUUUGCUUUAUACAUUCCUUGCUGUACAAAGUCGAUUUACUAUGGGAAAGCUUGAAACAUCAAUUUUGAUUUAUCCUACACCUGAUUACAGCUCUUAAGUCUCUUGAUUGAAUUCAGACCCAUUGUGGCAAUGAUUUCAGUGAUGCGGAAAGUAGGAAGAUACACAAAUUAACCUUUAUUCUACAAAAUACUGCACCAGAUGGAAAAGAUAUCCAGUGUAUCUGUGUGAAUUCUGUACUAAUAGCUCCUUGUGAACUCCAAAACAUGGUAAUGAAAUGUGUGUGUUCUUGUUGAGAUAAUGACUCUCACCUUGUUGUUAAUUAGUUGCUAAGUAUGCUAUACUUAUUCAAUUGAGUCAAGUCCAAAAUAGCAGUUUUCUUUAUUAAUAAUUCCCUAUUUUGAAUUGGUAAAUUGAUGUAAAUUUGAUGUUUGAGCAUUCUCACUAAUAUUGGUUCUUCCUAGUAAUGUUUUAAUUUAGUUCCAUGUAAUUUCUGUGGAUUUUAGGUGACACUGUUAUUAUUCAUGAGGAACUCAUGUGAAUAAUAAUCCAAACAUGGUCUUCAUGCAUGUGCUAAUAAUAUUAUGUAAACUAAAGGGCUAUUUCUCACUAUAAGUCUAACUUGAGAUUUUGGGGGUUUUGUGCUCUGUUGUGUUUGUAAUGGGUCAUAUAUCCAGCAACAAAACUUUGAUCUUUUAGUUAUCUGCAAGUUAUACCAUUGCUGAUUUGAUGCACACACUACUAGUGAUCAUUCAACUCUGAAAUCAGUUUAGUUAUGAUGAAAUACCAUUACUGCCUCUUUGCCAUUUUUGUAAAAUAUGCUGUAUUGAUCUUAAAAAUACCAAUACAUGUUAGUGUAAUGUGUAAUUUUCCCUUAGAGUGUCACAUUUGAAGCCUUUAUUUGUGAAUUUCCUGCUUAUUUGAUUAAUAAUGCAAUUAGUGAAGUCUACAGAGCACAGUGUCUUCAUGCACUGCCUUCAGGAAUUAACAUUUAUUGAAUAAUUAUGAAGUUUAGUUUAUGUAAAUCAUUAAUUUUGUUAAUGUUAUUGAUUUUUUCCCAAAAUCGGACGUGAAAUUCAGUUGUGUUUAUCAGAAUAUGAGUUAUUUUACUUUUACAUGCUAAACUGAAGCAGACUAUAAAAUAAGUGGUCCAUCGUAGUAAGGUUGAAAGCAUCCAUGUUAUUGCUAGAAGAUUUAGUCAAGACAGAUUUGUAUUCAGACUAACUUGUUCUUACAGACUCCUGUAUAUUAUGGGUAGUUUUGUUGGUCCUAGAUAUUCUUACAGUUUCUUAUUUCAUACUUUGAUAAUCUGGACACCUCUGUAGUGUGUACACUUGGCUCUGUGCCUUGGGUGUCCUUAUUAAGGACAUUAAGCUGUAGGACACACACUUCUGUAGUGUGGACACUUGGUUCUGUCCCUUAGGUGUCCUUAUUAAGAGGCUUGAUUGUAAUACAGACACCUCUAAUGUGGACACUUGGCUAUAUCACUUUGGUGUCCUUAUUCAGGACCAUAAGCUGUAAUACACACCUCUGUAGUGUGGACACUUGGCUCUGUGCCUUUGGUGUCAAUAUUAAGGAGGUCUGGCUCUGAUACAGACACCUUCAUAAUUUGGACACUUGGCUCCAUCCCUUUGUUGUCAAUGUCAAGGAGAUUUGACUGUAUUCUGUUUUUUUCUCAAUUGACAGCCAAAUGCUAGGCGCGGCAAUGAUUACUCCUAUGUCAGAAUGGAUGGACCACACAUUAACGGAGGCAUUCCACAUGGUGACACUGUGCCAACACACCUAACAAAUGGCUAUGCUGAGAACAUGAUGACCAAUGUAAGUGUGUUCUACAAUUGAUAUUCACUUUUUCUUUUUUGUGUGUGUACCGUACGUACUUGAAAGAGUGCCAUGUAGGCUAUCAAAAUAAUCGGUGUAGUACUUGUAAACCCUGGAUUACUUGUGGCUUAAAGAAAUCCUUGAAAGUAAGAGAGACAUGUAAAUUUUACAAAAAAAUGGCUCAUUGCAUAUUGGCAAUCAACAAUGACAGGAUGCACACUAAUUCAGUUGGAGUGUGGGGAGGCUGGCUUAGAGGAGGGGGCUGGCCUAAUUUGCUUUAAAGUACAGUGCUUAUUCAGGGUUGGCUCUUGUUUGGAGGUGGUGCUCAUUUUAUAUUUGUGACGUAGUAGAAUGAGUCGUAGGCAGGAGGGAUAAUUUUAUUAUUGUUAUGCAUGUGAGUGAAGUGCUGCAAAGGAUUGACAGUGAUGGUAACUGAUGGUUUGACAACUUUUGCAGAAUUAAUGAUCAGAAACAAUUUGAUCCGAAACAAACAAUGAAAUUUACUGUUCUUGAAAUUUGUUUUUGUUUGACAGCUGGUUGCAUUAAUUUUGUAUGUUUAAUGCUUUAGGGGGAUGAGGCUGUGGAAUUUUCUGUCAAUGUGCGGAUACUUGGAGAUGAGAAGCGGUUUGGUUUUUCCGUUAUGGGUGGAACAGAUGAAGGAUUCCCCCCAAGAAUUGACGAAAUUUCCCCAGGUAUAGUGUUGCAAAGUCUUUUUACAAAAGUUUUAAGAAAGCAGCGUGGCCGAGGGGUCAUCUUGUCAGACUGAGAAUCUGGCAGUCUCGGGUUCAAGCAUCACUCUGACCACUAGCUCAAAGCUGGAUUUGUUUCUUGGUUGUCAUGAGGACAAAUUCACGGUCACGCUUGUAAUUAGCAACCAGUUGGGGUUUUUAAUCAUGUUGUGUUCUAUUAUUUGUUUAAUUAGAGACCUUUAGGGCGGAGUUAAGCUAAUGUUUAACAAAACGACGUUCUAAGCCAUUUUCACUUUGCCCAAUGCUUUUAUUGUAACACCAUUUAUCGUGAACAGUUUCAUGAUAGCACAUGACGUAGACUAUAAAAGCAUUUAUUGUCUUGAAAUAACCCAUUAAUGAAGAUAUUUGGAGGUCCAAAGAUGUGCUAAAGCGUGACCUAACUUGGAUGUCGUUUAAAUAACCGGCGCUUAGAUUCUAAGCUGUCGUCAUUCAACUUGCAGCUGAAGAAACUGCUGCCCUCUUCUUUUGUUUUAGAGCACCUACAUCCUAACUUGUCUUUGGGUGAAAAUUGAACUGAUUAUCAAAAUCCGCUCUGCAGCAUCAAGGCUUGUAAAAUCAGAGUGGCCAUGAAAAUAAAGAACAGGGUCACACAAGAUUACUGUUUGUUAAACGCUUUCUUCUUGCUAAUACCGUCUUUUUUUAUGGUGUAGAAUCUCCUGCUGCCAAGACAGGCCUUUUAGUUGAUGAUGAGAUUCUAGAAGUGAAUGGAGAAUCAGUAGCUAAUUUGUCUCACACUGAAGUCAUUUUAAGUAUUCAUAAGGUAGGUUAUAAUAGAUGUAGGAUUUAUUUUUUUAGGGUGCCUAUUCUUCAAAGAUCAUGUCACCAUGCACAAAUUGCAUGGUAAUCAGGGCUCGAAAAAAAGCCAAGUCCGGUAGUCUGGGACAAGCAGAUUUUCUUGCUGGGCAAGUGAAUUUUAAAGUUCACUUGCCUAAUGUUUAAGGGUCCAAACAGGUCAUUCUCUAACAAAAUCAUUAACUAAGACGAAUAAGAAGUGGCCCCGGACACUCCAAGAUAGUGUUUUAUUUUCACAAUGUUUCCAUUAUCUGAGAGCCUGGCACAUACUACAGGCAAGAAAAAUGUCAAACCAGUGAUAAAUCUGCCAAUACAAGAAAUUGCGAUUGUGUUUAUUUUAGACAACAGAAUAAUUAUGAAGAACUUAUUAUCUUUAAGACAAUAACAAUGGAAAAGUAUAGGUGGAAGUGAUUGUUGUUAUUUUUUUAAUGCAGUACCGACUGUAGAUGUCCCAACAGCAAGCAAUAAUGACGUGGAACUUGUCGAAACUUGAACUGUACAUUUUGCAAAUAUAAAAUAAUAUUGCCUUAUCGUUUUGAAAGGAUAAAUAAACUCGACCGCGAUUACUCGUAUUAGCAAAUUUUAUCACUUGUUUGCCCACUGAAAUACCACGACGUGGCGUUGCUUUUAUCCCAUCAAGCGAUGCGCUUGCAAAGAUGGGGGGUACCGUGAACGAGGUCUAUUCUCAUGACCUUUUCUCUUGGUUAUGUAUUAGUAUUAUUAUGAGGAAAUUGAUGUUGGUCACUCUUGCGACCAAUAGGAUUAACGUUUGCGUGUGCAUGAUGGACGCGCGGCUUUAUUCCUCCUUUUCCUUCCCCUUCGAACUGCUAGGUAGUAGUGCCACGCUUUAACGCAUAUCUCAUGAAAAACUCAAUAGCACAAAGCUCAUCUAUUGUGUGGAACCUUCUUACUCCUGAGCUUGCAAAGACAUCCAACGUUAAAAAUUACACUAGAAUGGCCGCUAAAUCUGACAGCCAACGUAAUUUAGAUUUUCGGGCUCAAUCUCCACAAACAAUGCCUCACAGUGACAACGAUAUUUUUUUAUAUUAUUAAGACGAUUUUAAAACACUUUCAUUGCUCACGUUUCAGUUAGCUUAAAUGCACGACCCCAUAAGCGGCAACGCUUCAAUCACCAUCGUGUUGAAAUAAAAGUUAUUGUAUUGUACUCCUGCCACGCAGCCCGGGGCGGGGGACUCCGCAUAUGAAAGGGGUGGGGAUGCUCGUGGGAAAUUUUGAAUUAAACCCUUAAAGGAGACCGAUCUGGUGGGGGCUCAAGCCUUUUUUGACCCCUAAAAGAGACCAUGUUAAAACACAGACAAUAUAUAUAUUUUUAUAUUUUUUCGCGUGCAACCCUUAACGAGACCUUCACGGCUAAAUGUGAUGGCGUUUUGCCCAGAACACCCUAAGUGAGACCAAAAUCCGAAAUUUACACCGCUAAGCGAGACGACGAGCAUCCCCACCCCUUUCACAUGCGGAUCCCCCCCAGGCCACGCAAUGCACGUUUUAAUACCUUCCAUGCUUUCCAUGUAUAAAAUAUGUUAUUUGUUUUAUCUUGCAGUGUCUUAGAAAUAGAGUUAUUGCUCUGAAAGUUCGAAGAGGUAGACGAUAUUUUCAAGGUCAGUGCGCAUUCAUUUUGUAGCUAUUCUUGUUACAUUUUUAUCGUUUUUUAUACUGGUUUAACAAGUUCAGAUUGGUUUCUUAGUGAUUUGUCACUUAGAGAAUUGACAGUAACUGACCAAAGCCAUUAAUGGUGGCACCACUCAAGGGCCAUCAAAACGUGAUCAGGCGAGCGUACGUUUUUACAUAAGAAACUGAGUGUUUCUUUUUUUUGUUUUUUGUUUUUUGUUUUUCUCUCGUUUGGUCCGAAAGAACACGAUCGUAAUGGCAAAGUGGUUGCAUAAACGGGUUGGUCUAAGGGCGGGUUUCCACUGUCUUUUUAUUCAAUGCAACCUACUGCCUUUGAAAUUUCAACCAUCAUUUGAUUUGAAUCGAUUUAAUGUUCAUAUUAUAGCAUUUAAAAAAGUGUAAAUCUUAAUUGUUUUGCAGGGGUAAACGGAAUUGGCAAUCAUGAUGAUGUAAAUGCCAACCACACAGGAAAGGUGGACACGAACACGAGAAAUAAAAUUCAAAAAAUCAUGCAAGACCACGAAAGUGAUCCGCAGUUCCAGUACUACAACUCAGACGCUGAAUCUGAAGGAUCGAACAACGAUCAAGAAUUUUACGGAAACGGCGACGUCGGCGUUGUAUCGCCCGGACCGGGAUGGAGCAAGGACUACGGCAAUAAAAAUUUUGGAAUAUCGGGGAAAAACGUGGCGCAGUCGAACUUGCAAAAACAUAAAUCAUUGUCUACUCCGCUUUUUGACUUAACAAAACUUGAUACCAUAGAGACAGAGGUUGAUGUGGAUGAAAAUGAUACCUACGCUCUUAGAAACGAGGCUUAUGAUAGCGACCUUGAUGAAGAUUUACUACCAGGUGAGAUAGCUUGGUGCGCAAGGGAUCUGCGCGCGCCGUCGUCACUUUCGUCAGGUUGUUAGUGGAGGGAUGUAGUCAAUAGGGAGCUUAAGCAGCAGCGUUUUUGAGCGACGGACGUCAACCGGAAGUGGACUUUUUGCAUCACUGGGGAAUGGUUUGGUUGAAACUCUCGGGUAAAUCGUCUUUAAAAGAGAAAAGAAACUCAGCAAUACAAGUUUGUUAGCGUCAAGGCAUAUAAAAAGGGAGAAGGCCUCACUUCCGGUUGACGUGCGUGGCUCAAAAACGUCUUUGCUUAAGGUCCCUAAUGCCCUAGCUCCAUGCCCUUGUUGUUCCCUCAUGCAAGAAACGUUUUUCCGUCCAUUUCUAAGUGCAAGGGCCGCCUCCAUCUAGGUAGAGAUUCUCGUGAGUUUUAGCGGCGUGAUGAUGUAGACGUGAUACACUAAUUGUGGCCCAGUUCGGCUAAUUUAGUUCAACUUCGCAUCAGAAAAGAGGCCACUGUUUUUGUGCUUUUUUUUUCUUCCAAGAUCUGUAAAGAAAGUCAUGAAACACGACUAAUCGACUUUGGCCCCGUCCACACGUAUCCGUCUUUGUUUGAAAACGGAGAUUUUUUCUCCGUUUUCAAAACGUUCUGCGUCCACACGUUGCGUUUUUGAAUCGUUUUUACCCGUCCACACAAAAAUGCAAUAACGAUUGAAAACGGUACCAUUUUUGAUGGGAGCAGGUGCAUUUACUACUAUCCAACACCAUGACGAAAUCGUUUUUAAAAACCUCCGUUUUUAUCCUUCCACGCGAGUACAACAAAGGGCGUUUUCAAAAAUGUCCACUUUGGAGAGCGUUUUUGAAAAGAUGGGUUUUCGGUGACCGGUCUUACGGGAUUCUCGUGGACUGAGUCUUUGUUGAAACUAUGGGAAGUGAAAUCUGUUACGUGAGGUCUGUCGAGUCAAAUAAUUGCCUCCGACUCGAAUAAACUUGAAUAAAUAAAGUUGUGAACCAGUAUAUAAAAAAAAAUGAAGUCCUAGACUUGGCGGAUAUUUGAAUUCACAAAUUUGUUUCGUCUGUUUUAGGGGAAGCUGAAAAAGAGUUGUUAUUUCCUUGCAUGAAUGAAGUCAAAUCUAAACUCCAGUCAAGCUCUGACAUGGACGAUAUCGCAUUUGUUGAGAAUCUUUUUGAACAGAAAGACUUUCAGGAUGCUACGAACGUAAGUCAUUAACAUCUCGCAUUUUACUGAAAUUACGGUAACUAACAUGUUUCAUAUGAUACUAAAACAUAUUUAUGAGAGUGGAAGAUUAUUUCUCUGUACAUCGUCGCAUUUCAGGUGAAUUGUAAAAUUUUACGUUUUUCUGAUAUUUGACGAUUUUAUGAAGUAAUUUCUAUAAGGAGACAAACUGCCUGUUUUACAAAAUGUUGUUGUUGUUACUUAACCCUUCAAGCCCCAGUAUCCACAUACAAAUUCUCCAAACUGAUCUCCAUACAUUUCCUUUAAGAAUUAGUUGAGAGAAUUUAAUAAAACAUCAAGGCAUUUUCUCUUUCAUGAUCAUUUUUUAUAUUCUCACAACCUUAUCUCUUGACAUUGUAUUGACAUUGUUGGGAGAAAAUUGCUGUUGAUCACUAUUGGGACUUAAAGGGUUAACUGUAAGUGUCAUCAGUCAAAUUUCAAGCUGACUGCUUUCUUUGCACACUGAUUUUUCAUUUUAGGUUUACACGAAAAUGGUUGAAUUAGAGCGAUCUGGACGGGGCUUGAGUGCAGUCAGCCCUGUGGCUACAAAUUCACAACAUCUUUCUUCUCAGGUUGGAGCUCCAUAAACGUUUUAAAAUAUUAAAAAUGUUUAAUGCCAGCAUUUUAUUGUUCUUUUCUUCAUCAGGGGGCUUUUGAACUCUAGUACAGGGACGAUUUUCUCUUUGCUUGUCACGCUAUUCGCGGCUCGCGAUCUUAAAGGAGUUUUGUCACGCUGUUUACUAUCUUUUUAAGAACUGGGCUAACAAUUGUCUUUGCAUCAAUCGAAUUCCAAAAAUGAUGUCCAGUUUUGUUAUUCAAGACUUAAUUCAGGUAUUGAAGCUUUUUCCUGUCAUCUGUUGCUACGGAUUGCAUGGAUGGACAUGAAUAAAACCAAUUUUUUCAAGGUUUAAUGCUAUGCCUACAAAAAUCACCAAAAAUUUGUUAUGGUUGUUGCUCCCUCAUGAAAUGUGCUUGAUAUCUUCGUCAUUACUCUCCAGGAGCAUUUUGUGUAUGGGUAAAUGCACUAAGUAAUGACUUCAGCACAGAAUUGACCUUAAACAGCAGCAUAUCCUCGUGACAUAACCCCGUUAAGGCCCGCUUAUACUGGCGAUUUUCUCUGCGAUUUCGUUGCGAUUGUCCAGUCUUUAUGCAGCUGCUCCCGUAAAGCGCGUCGUGAUAUUAACACUUAUCUAGCAGUGUAGAAUUGUGGUUAAUCUCACGCGAAAACUGAAUCACCGAUUAGUCAGCUCAGAAUUCCCGCAGGUUCGAAAUUACGGCGAUUUUACAGAGGGACAUGAAAUCGCCGCUAAAUUACAUGCGCGAUUUGAAGUAACAUCAAAAAUUGCUCGAAAAGUCACCUGUGUAAACAGGCUUCUACUUGCAUAUUAAUGAUGAAGUUGAAGUGAAGUUUAUAACAUUACCUUUUAAUAUUUCAGUUGAGACAUUCUCUUGAGGCUGUGAGGGACUCAAGAGAUGCAGAGGAAUUAUUAGAGAUUUUACAGUCGCCUAACUUUCAGGUACGGUAGUCAUGUUAGUAGUGAACGUGGCAAUUUUGCCUUGGUAAAUAUUAGAGACCCUUACCAAAGUACGACGGCGAAGGUAGCGGGAACGUUUAAAACACGAUAGGUUUGGUCAUCAUAACAACAACUCUGCUCGUUUAUCACGCUUUUUUGUAGAUUUUUUGCUGUUCCUGCACGACCACUACUUGAGAUGGUCAAGUUUUUAAGUUUACUUGAAGAAGGGAUCGACAAGGCGAUAAAUUUUAUUAUGUCUGUCUGAACUCAGAGCUGGUCCCCUCACUGCAGUUUUAACCUGACUUCCCUGGGCCUAGGCAAUCGUCGAACUUUUCAUGAGACGAGCCAAACUUAGCGAGUAAAGUUCAUGAAAAGAUCGACGUAUGAGGCUAAAUAAACAUUGUCAUACAAAUUUUUCAUUUCUAGUAUUAGUUUAGUUCGUCGCAUAUGCAGAUCGACGUUGGUUCCAGAGACGAUCGUCAGACGUUCAGACGGAUAGAACGUGUUGGACGAUCCAAACUCAUUUAGACAAACUUAACUGAGCCAAACAUUCGUCGACCAUUUCAUGAUCUUUACUCAGUAAGUUUGCUUCGUCUCAUGAAAAGUUCGACGUUUAGCGUAGGCCCUACUUUAAAUAACAUGGCAACUUGGAGAAAUCGAUAAAAAAAAGUUGGAAAGGACGCGCGCGAACUCUAUUUUUCAGCGGCGAAAUUACUGACGUUGCUGUUGUCGGGACGUAAGGUCCCUAUUUCUUAAGCGCACGUGGUUGUUUCCUUGUUUAAUUUAUUUGACCGGGGGAAGACUUGCCUGCGUUGAUUUUUCAGUUGACCUGGAGCGCUUACCAUUUGUAGCGAAAUUCGGUGAAAAAAUUCCGUCAAAUGGUACUGGUAUUUUUUUGGGCACAGAAAACAGGAACAUUGAGUUGUACCAUUUGCAAAAUACCGGUAAAAUUUUCGCUUUCUCUCGACUUGCAGCCUGGUACUGGUAAUCCAAACAAAUGGUACAGAAAAUUUCGGUCGUUUCGGUAAUACCUCGAAAGGUAUUACUUUUUUUCCGGAAAAUUUCCACCGGGGUGAACCAUUCCAUUCGAAUUCUCCCCGGAAUUUUCGGGUUUUCCAUGCAAAUGGUAAGCGCUUCUGGAGGAAGAGAUUAAUGAAGGCUGAAGCAGAACCUUUGGGGAUUUAAAAAGUCGUUUAGUUUCCCUAGGUAAACCUACCAAUGAGAUGCUGAGUUUUGGACACUGCACGUGCAGCGCGUGAUUAGGUCCUAAUUUGACCUAAUUGGCAAGCGCUGUGUUCGUGUGAAGGUCUAAGAAAGCUUAUUUCGGAGUGAAACGUCGUAAAAUCCUGAAGGUACGUGUCACCUCAGCUAAAGUAAAACCCCAACUCUUCUGGGAAUAAUAAUUUUAGUGACAUAGUGUGGGAGUGUGACCACAGCGACUGGUUUUCUGUUCACCUACUUUCGUUCACGCGACUAUUCAUACGUUUUCCUUUCUCCCCUUCUCCACAAUUUUGUUGACAGAGUCUCCUACUAGCGCACGAUAGACUAGCGUUCAGGGAAGCUCUCCCGAGCGAAGAAGACGAACAAGAGAUGGAGUCUGAACCAGAGCAGCAUCAAGAGGCUCAGCCGGCCACGGAUGACUUUUCACUAGUUGAGGACGACAACGUAAAGAUCGUGAGAAUAGAUAAGGCAACUGAUCCACUCGGAGCCACAGUCAAAAAUGAAAAUGGCACCGUGAUGAUUGGAAGAAUUGUUAAGGGUGGAGCAGCGGAUAAGUGCGGUGAGUAGACGUAACAGAUCCGUUAGUGUGUUCGACUUAGGAGAACGCACUCCUAAUCUGCUACUUUCACGAUCCCCAUGGUGCAAUUUGUUUUCAGUUGCUCAAAGGACGAUUAUAAGUCCCGAGGGAAAUUGAAAACAUUACCUAUGUAAAAAAUUCGGGGAAAACAACUAUUGCUUGUGCGAAUGUGAAAGUCGUAAAAUACAGAUAGGAGUGAGAUUGUAUGGGGCGAAAGUUGUUGAUAAACGGUAUUCAAUCUCGUCCCUAGGGCUUUUCGCUUAGAAAAUGGGAGGGAAAAGCCAUGGGGGCGAGGCUGGAAGGGAACAUGGGACGCCUAUCUGGCAUCCCCGCAGUCAUCAUAGCUAACUUGGUCGAAAUGGAGAGAGAGAUCUUGAAUUUCGAUUCCGGAUUCGAAGUCUCUGGACACACGACCAAAGUGAGCAGUUUUUGUUUCAGUUUCACUGGUGCCAAAAUGUAUCGGAUUUGUCUCGAAUCUAGAAAAAUAUCUCUAGUGUAAACUUAGCCCGGAUCUGUUGGUACGUGCUGUUUUUCUGGUCAGCUGCUUAAGUCUUUCUGACACUGUUCUCGAUGUUAAAACAGUGCUCUAUUUGACACUGGCUAAACUCGGAUAAUAAUCGCCUUUAUGGAUUUGAGACAGUUGACACGUAGCUAUGAGAUGAUUCACGUCUGAACAUUUCGUUGUAUUCGCGCAAGCGCACAAUGAUAACACCUAAACGCAGUUUAUCUGUUCACGUAUGUCAAGCAAAUGUUGUGACCGUUCGACCCAGUGCCUCGCCUGGGAAAAACUGCUGUCAGGUGCAACUACUAAAACGUGAGAAAUAAGAAACUCAGAGAGGGUGACUCAUUUUAGGCAGACCAUAGAAUGAAUUUCAUCCAAACUGCUUCCCUAAUCAACUGUUUAAUUAUUUUCUCAUCAUUGUUUCUUAGGUCUCCUGCAAGAAGGUGACGAAAUCCUCGAAAUAAACGGAGUGAACAUGAGGGGCAAGACGGUAGCGGAAGUCUGUGAGCUGCUUGCAGACAUGAAUGGAACACUGACUUUCGUUUUGAACCCAGCAAAUCGGUCGCGAGUUCCAUCGGAUAGAGAAGUCCAUGUGCGCGCGCAUUUCGACUAUCACCCUUACGAGGAUGACUUGAUACCGUGCAGAGAACUGGGACUAGCAUUCAGACGAGGCGAUAUUCUUCAUGUUGUCAAUCAGGAGGAUCCUAACUGGUGGCAGGUUAGUGACGUCAUUUAUUGUAAAAGAUGCGAGGGAAUGUGUUGCCGUUGCGCGUCUUUCAGUGUACACAGAGUGCUCGACAUGUACAGUUAGGUGAGAGAACCGGAAUUUGAACUCUUUACGACCCUCGUUCUUGUCUGGGCCUGCCUUAUACGUUCGAAGUUAUCAAGCUGUUCAGUAUAAUACUGAAGGAAAGUCAAUUCCAAAAAAUUAAAGAAAAAAAUUAUGGCCUGGAAUAAUAAGUUUUCUUUUCACGAAAAGAAUUGGAUUUCUGCAAGUAACAAUACAGUAACUCGAACUCUAUACUAAAGGGAAACGAAAAACAAUUCAAGUUAGCGUGGAUUCGAGUUAACGGGUUCGAUUGCAAAACUCAAUUUGCCGUAUUAAAAAUUAAUAGGUACUGAUUUUUCAGCACUUCGGUGUAUAGUGGACUGCAAAUUUAACCUAUUUCAUCAGAAUGGUAACAUGAUUAAGUAUUUCUUCUUUUAUGAUAAAACGUGAACUGCUCGUGGCACCAACUUAAAUCAAUUGAUGAAGUGUUGACCACUGUUAGUUUUAGUAUUUUUACCGAUUAUACAAAAAGAAGAAGUAAUGGGAUGGCAUCCAAGUGGAAUUACAAGAACCAGAAUUUGAGUUAUCGGGUUAAAUUUCAGUGAAUUUGCAAACGAGGGAAAUGAUAUUUAGUUCGAGUUGGCGGGGAAUUCGAGUUAUCCGAGUUCGAGUUAACCGAGUAGAAAUAAAUGAAAAGUGGGAUGAAAUCCAUGCAGGGGAAAUUGGACUUAGUUCGAGUUAGCGGGGAGUUCGAGUUACCCGAAUUCGAGUUAUCGGGGUUCUACUGUAGUUGUUAACAUCAAAGACAGGUUAAAUAUAUGCUGUUGAGGUCUUAGUGAUGUUAUCUAGCAAAUAUUUCUUGAGGUUAGGUUUGGUGUCAUUGCUGAUGAAAGUUAUUUCAUCUGACGCCCUUGUUUUUGGUUUAAUUAACCUGAACAGAGACUAAUACUUUAUUGUUUUGUUUUUGUUCAGGCAUGGAGAGCGGGGGAAGAAGGCAAAACAUUGGCUGGACUUAUUCCUUCCAAGCACUUCCAACAGCAGUGAGUUCGUUACUUAUUUUGAAUCAUGGUCGACACUGAUGUUCUAGAGUGUUUUUUGUCCUGGUGUCGUUUUUGCUUUCUGGUCAAUAACUGGGUUAUCUGAUGAAAGGAUCUUUCUUUCCCCUUUACAAGCUUUUUUUCUUAACUGUAAACCAAGUGAGAGUAAACUUUGUGAGAUAACACUUGCAUGAAAUAUUGAGAUAGAUUUGUGUUUGCAGAAAAGAGUCAAUGAAGAAAACAACCCAAGAAGCGGAACAACCGAAUAGAGAAAGUAAGAACAGCUUAUAUUCUUUUGUUUGUUGUUUACCGGCGCUGACCAAUCACAGCGUGAGCUGACAGUUAAAUUAACCAAUCAAACCUCGAUGCGAGCGCCAAGCGCGGGAAACGAGCAUACCAUAGUCUCGAUUGGGUUUUGGUUUUCCUUUUGCUUGGUUGAGAAAAGUGGCGCGAGAUUUUUUGGCCAACCACAAAGCGGUUUAAACAAAACCAAGCCAUUUUCGAAAGGCCGACGUCAUCGGUGAGGACCGCAACGCUAAGAAACUGCCGUUCGCACGCUUUUUCAUGUUCCUGUAUCGCAGAAUGUCUUUUUUAUCGAGUGUCCUUUAACGUGUUUUUCAAAUGUUUUUCUUUCUCCUUAUUGUUGUAAUCUUUUUUUUCUUACAGAGAGAGGAUGCCUUUGUUUCAGGCGAAAACGAAGAAAAAAGGUUCUUUACAACGCUCAGCAUAACGAAGGUUUGGGUUUACACUCUUUGUAUUAAUUGUGCGAUAUGUUAACUAAACAACGGGUUUUGGUUUUGUAGAGGCGUAUUGGUGACGUAACUUCCACACUUGCAUUUUUUUAUGAUUGAACUCGUUUUUUUUUUUUUUUUUUUGAACAAAAAACUUUUUAUUUACAGAGAAAAUACCCUCCCUUUCCGUUACGAUCACAGUGAAACAAGUUUUUAACAGUUUUUUUUCGGGUCAAUCAAUUAAUCACGAUGACGUUUAAGGCUUGGUAGCUUGAGGAGCGUUUUCAUCGGGAAAAAAAUUGCCAGUUCCAGGCUCUCAGUUAGUGACAGGAGACGAGCAAAAAAAAGCGGGUCGAGGCCCUUAAAUAGGCUACAGAGAAAUAGCCCGUGUUCAGACCCCCACCCCCCCUCCCCUUCUCCGUUUUUUUCCCCUUGACCCUUAUGUAUGGUUUGGCAGCUGAAAUCUAAGGAUAGAGGGUUUUGAAGUUUGUUUUUUGCGUUAGCAGUACAGGGCUUAGUCUUAAGAAAGUUUUACUGCGUGAAGAUUUUCACCACUCUUGGCCUUUUGACUUGCUUUAUUGUAUGCUAUGGAAAGGAGGAAUUCAGAAGUCGCGUAAGACUCGGGCCUCGUUGUGCGGCGGGUGGCUAACACGCGACUCUUGAGCCUUCUUGACAAGAUUAGAGGCCUUAAGAUCCGACAACGGCCACGGCAACGAGAAGGUCAAAAACGCAGUACUACGACAUGAAAUUGCCUGAUUUCGUGCUUCAUGAAGGACGUAAACUAGCAACUACGAAAUGUUCUUUCACUUGCUGAACUUGGACAAAACUCUUAGGAAUUCAACUCCAGGAGAGUUCGCAUACAUUUGGUAAAGUAAGCGAGUUGGAAUAAUCACGAUAAAGAUUAAAAGACCGCUAAUUCACUUUUUUAAGCGACGCUCUCCCUGCCGUCGUCGUCCUCGCUUCUUAAGGUCCCUUAUAAUUACUCGUCUCUUAAGGCAAAGCUUUAUGUUUGUUUAUUACUAUGCUUUUUUCGUAGUAUAUGUUGCCGACGAAGUUUUAACAUACGAAGAAGUAGCGCUCUUACAGCCCGACCCGCAAAGAAAGCGCCCUGUGGUUCUUAUAGGUAUGUUGGCACAAACUACAAGUCUAAAACGCUCACCAUUCUGCCUCAAAAAUAAUCGCCGUCGCUGGUUCAUUUCUCCUGCUACGACGCUGUAACAGGCUACUUAUUUCCCAUGAUUCAUCGAACGUUUCUUACUCAUUUACUUGAUAAACUCUGACAAGAAGAUAGUACAAUUCUGUGGUCAAAAUCAACUAAAAUGCACCUUUUAAUAUUAUGCAUUUUACGACAAAAUUCCCAAGAUCUUAGUAAUUUUGAGGUUUUGAACUUGCAAAGGAUAUUACGUAAUUACUCCUUUCUAAAAUAAAUAAAACCGUUUCACGUUUGCUUAGAACUCGACUUAGCGUAAGUAAGUGAUAAAACCAUGAGCGAGAUCUGAUGAUCAUUCGAAACCCGCGUUGAGGUCGCUCUCUCACCGCUGGUUUGAUAUGUUUCAACUCCUAUUAAACCAGGGUUGUAAAUAGCUAACUGGUUUGCUUAAACCAGUUUAUAUUUUCUCUUUUAAGGUUUACCUGAGACAGUUGUGUAAUUAUGAUUUGUUAACUUUCAGGACCUGACAAAGUUGGUAGGAAAGAGUUAAGACAAAGACUUAUUUUGUAUUCACAAGAACGAUUCGCGGGAGUGGUUCCUCGUAAGUAUCGUUUGAUAACCUUCAGUGUAGUCAGUACAUGUCUAUUAUGCUGUGAGUCGGUCAAUGGAUUUAUCAGUCGAUUACUCCAUUGUUUUUACACGCUUUUUGUUUAACCUGGUAGUCAGUCAGGUAGUUUGGCAGUCAGAUAAACGUUCAGACAGACUUAACGCAAAGCACUUUGAUUAAGGUGAGAAAAGACUCGUCUAUCCCUCUUUUCUUGAUCCUAAUGCUCCAACUUUUUGCGCGAAAAUUUCAGGCCAGAAUCGGCCUUGUUGGGUCAUCCAUGCUGAUGUUACUUAGUAAUGGUCCUGGUUCCUUAUAAGUGUCGUUUGGUAACCUUCAGUUUAGUGAGUAGAGCUGUGAGUCAGUCGACUGAUUGCGCUAUUGUUUUACACUCGGUUUUUUUGGAGCCAGGUUUUUAGUCAGCCUCCAGACAGUCUGUCAGUCAGGCAGCUAGGCAGUCAACAUUCAGACGGACAGAGACAAUGAGUCGUACAUCUGCUCAAUACGUCAUAUUGUGUUUACCACAAACACACUUAACGGAAAGCACUUAUAUUAAUUAAGGUAGGUGAGAAGAAGUCUUCUAAAUCAUUUUGUCUCCAUCCCACUAUUCCAAAUGUGCCUGAAAACUUCUAUCAGACGUAAUCUAACCGUUGUUAGUAACGAAUUACCAGAAGUUCGUUUCGAAUUUCCCUCUAACCUGAUCAGCCAAUCGAACAAUGGCUUUUUUUCGCAGGCCAAUCAUGGCGCGAACUCAAAUUUUCGUACACAGUUGGGAGCCCAGAAAAAAAGAUUUCUGCGCCGGCUUUCUAUCCUGCCCGCAGGCUCUUUGCUCGCUGGCUAGUUAGCUCGCAGGCAUUGGUGUAUUUGCUUAGCGUUACUUUUUAUCCGAAGGUUUAUAUAUAACAGAGUCAACUUCAGCCUCUCAUUUAUCUUAAGGGCCAGUAUACUAGGCGCACAAAGCUUCAAAACCUUCUGUGUUUCUCUUUUAGAUACCAGCCGGCCGAAAAGGCCCGAAGAAGUGCAUGAAAGAGAUUACUACUUUGUACCGCUUCCCAGUUUUGAGGCCGAUAUUGUUUCGCACAAGUUUGUAGAGUACGGAGAGUUCGAGGGACAUUAUUACGGAACCGCUCUGGACUCCAUAAGGAGAGUAGCCAAUUCUGGAAAAUAUUGUAUUUUAAACCUACAUUGCGAGGUAUGACACAUCAUUCUUGGUGCUGAAAUAGCAAAAAUUUUGCAUGAUUCCAGCCCUGAGCAGCAGUCGUUCCUCUCUAGAGAGCUCAAGGCGCGAAGAAACAUGGGGCACGAGAAAGCGCGGGGUGCGAGAAAUAGUAAGGAAGGAUGAAGUGUGUAGCGUGGGGAACGAGAAAGUAUGUGGCGCGAGAAAGCGUGACGCGCGAGACAUCCUUGCUUUCUCGUGUCCCGUGCUUUCUCGCGCCUUACGGAUAUUUUUCAUCGACUGGUUGGAAGGUAUUUUUUUUCUUGGAAGCUAAGACGAAGGCCAUCCGUUUUAUCCUUCUCCAGUUUUACCCAUCCGUGCUCCUCGUCGCUUUUGAGUACCUGUUUUCACUCCUUUUUUUCUGUUUUAAUUAAUCCUUUGCCUUUCAGUCAGUCAUUUCCUCCCGGCAUCCCGUGACCGAUUUGGUAUUUGCUGAAUUAGCACUUUAUUGCUUUUCUAGACCCUGUAACUCACAGCUCCUUACUUUUCCUAGGCGCUCAAGGUAUUGAAAGCCUCUGAUGUUAAACCUUACGUGGUUUUUAUAUCGCCGGCAUCGUAUGACAGAAUCCUCACACUCCGAAGAGGGAAAGUCGAUCCUUUCAAUCCUAAACCGACCGGUCAAAUGACGGUAUGUUGUGCUGAUUGUUUUGUCCAUGCUUUGAGUUGUCCAAUUCAUAGUGUUCUCUUGUAAUUUGGUGAUAUUACAAGCGAGUUGAUUGACUGCCUGUCUGUUAUUAAUAACAUAACAAGCACUUUGAUUGACUGUGUACCGCUGCCGCCUGUGGGUUUUCAGGAGAGUUUGAUCCUUCUUUGCGAUUUUGUGUGUUAGUUGUUACAACAAGCGCUCUGAUUGGCGGCGUAUCCGUCCUUAAUCAUAUAACAGGCGCCUUGAUUGGCUACGCAUGUGCUUUGCUUCAACGUCUCUAAACUGGUUUGUGCAGUAUUGUAAUCUCGAAAGAAGAAUAGCGUAUUAAAGAAUAUAAUUUUCUGAUUUUCAGGAUGCAGAGCUGCGUGAUAUGGUAGACAAAGGACGAGAAAUGGAAGAAACGUUCGGGCACUACUUCGAGAAAACGAUCGUAAACACUGAUCUGGAAAGAACGUUUGAUGAACUUAGGCAAGUCAUUGAUAAACUUGAUGUCGAGGCUCAAUGGGUUCCAGCCUCCUGGGUAAACGAAAGCCGAGGCGGUUUGUAGUGAAACAAAGAAGUGGACACGAACGGCACGUCACCUCUGGUGAACGUUCGUCACACGAACAAUCUGUACAAAGGCGUCAGUGGGAAGUCUUUUUGGACAUCAAGAACUUAUCUCAGUGGAAAAAGAUGGAAGAAAUUCAGGACAAGUAAGAUUUUGCUAUCCAUUUAAAUGAAAGAAUCUUAAGUUAUGUACAAAACUAUUUUCAGUUACUAUAAGAUUACCAGCGCCGUUAUUAACGAUGUGAGCGUUUUAAGAGCUUAAUUGCUUAUAUUUUGGACGAGCUAAUUAUCCUUUUUAAAAGAUAUCUAACGAUCUUGUAAUAUAAUCAUAAAAUUGUCAGUAAUGUAUGUAAAUUUCGAAUCGUUUUCUGCGUGAAAAGCAGAAAGUCUUGCCAAAACUUGUGAUGGAUGUCGAUUUUGUUCAAAGUUGCUAGAGGUACGAACACCUUUUUCGAUAGCUUAACAGGUAGUAAAUAAUAAUAUUUUACUUAAUAUUUCUUAGUAUUAGCUGUUAAACCAUCGAAUGCGGAUUUAUUAUUAGACUAACAUUUCUUUGAUUUAAGCACUUUCAGUUGAAAAGCUAAGGUGUAAUUCGUUUCCUUCGCAUUGCCCAUAAUACACUUGGUUUGCUCCCCCCCCCCCCCC